AUGAAUCCGGGCAUGAUGCAGGAGUGGGUUGCAGCGCGGGCUUGUGAUUGGGUCUCGGCAGGCGACUCUCGACAUUUCUCCAGCAGUGAACGCCAACCAGCUUCCCCAGAUGGGCUUGGAACCGCCACUAUGACGGAUCUCUCUCGUGCCAGGCAGCACGCCGACGACCAUCGUGCCCAUGAGCUCUACCACUACUUCCAGCCAGAUAACCCGGCCCUCCUGACGGCCCGGAAGAGCACAGCAGGCAGGGGAGGGAACCGGGGCAGCAGCAGCAGCAACAACAACAACAGAUACUCUUCCACGGCGCUGGCGGCCAUUAAGCUAGGCAUGCAACGAGCGGUGAUCAGUGUAAUAGAUCAUCAGACCCUCUACGUCGUGGCAGAGGCCACCCAGUCGUUGAACCUGGCCAAUAAUACCCUAUACGGUGCAGAAACCGACUCCCUGUGGAUGGGAUGUUCGAAUUCACCGCUGACUGGCACGUUAUGCGAGAAAACGAUUGCCCUACCGCCCUCGAGAGAUGGUGACGCCUCCUUUUUCAUCGUCGAAGACCUGCAGGCCCACGACGUGUACUGCCAGCUGCCCUGCGUUCAGCAAGUGCCUCACUGGCGAUACUACGCCGCCACGCCCAUCUCCACCCCCAAGGGCAUCAACAUCGGGAGUUUCUACGUCGUCGACCCGCGGCCCAAUCGCCAGAUCACCGCCCAACAGAAGGACGACCUGGCUGUCCUGGCCCAGGCGGUGGUCGACUACCUCGAUACCUCUCGCCAGGCCAUCGAAUCCGACCGGCUUACCCGCCUCAUCUCCGGCUUUAACUCCUUUAUGCAGGGGGACUCCUCUCUGGACGUUGCGCCUUUGUCAUCCUCCUCCUCAUCAUCAAACUCAUCAAAUCAGUCUCAAAGCGAGACGUCACCGACUGUUUCAAGGUCUCUUGGUUCGCAACGGCCCCAGGUAGUCGGUUCAGAGCGGCCGACGGAAACACCCAUAUCGGAUUCACAGGCUCCAAGGCCAGAGAGGAACAGCUCACAGCCAACAGAUCCUUCUUCUUCGCCCUCUUCGGAAUGGGUUACUGACCAAUGCAAGCUUGACGACAAAAGCUCGGCCAAACCUGAGGAGUCGACGUCCAUGCCUCGACAGUGGGUUUUUAAACGAGGCGUCAACAUCCUGCGAGAGAGUCUCGACCUAGGCGAGGACGGUGGAGUGGUUCUCAUCGACGCCAACAACACCUCUCCGUCAGAACACGACAACCAGAGGUUCGACCACUUCUCCAGCCAGACCCAGAAACACGCGGGCGUGUUGGCCCUGUCGACACACCACAGACCCUUCUCAGACACCACAAGCCUGGAAUCCUCUUCUCAGCCCGUCGCGCAGGUCGACCCGCGCUUCAUGAAACAGAUCAUUGCCCGGUUUCCCCGGGGUGGGAAAUGGUACUUCCACGACGACGGGCACUGUUGUACCACCGACGAGGAUGAUUCCCACCGAAGCCACGACGAGAAGAAGACUUGCUCUUCUUGUCCGACUUCCAAGACGUCCAGCAUCUCUGAUGCGGCUUCCCUCUACGGCUCGGCCCUUCGCCGGUACUUCCCCACCGCCACCAGGAUCCUGUUUGCCCCCCUGUGGGAUUCUCUCAACUCUCGCUGGUUCGGCGGUUGUUUCUGCUGGAGCGGCACUGCGACGCGUAUCUUCAGCACGCCCGUCGAGCUUGGGAGCAUCAUUGGUUUCGGGGCUUCUUUGAUGGUGGAGUAUAGCCGGUUAGAGAGCCUGGAGGCGGACCGAAGGAAGGGAGACUUUCUCAGCAGCAUAUCGCAUGAGCUUCGUAGCCCCCUCCACGGCAUCUUGGCUGCCUCAGAGUUUCUCGCCGCCGAUCAAGCAGCCACGGGCUUGCCCAAGUCGCUCCUGGAGACGAUCCACUCCUGCGGGCAAACAUUGCUGGACACAUUCGAGCAGAUUCUGGAUUUCAGCAAGAUCAACGCCUUUGAACGCAAGCGGCGCGAUUCCAAGUGGUGGCGCAACAACCAGAAGGACGGCGAACAGACGGCCACGCCCAAGACUACCCCACGCUCGUUGAACAUCCUGCGCACCGUGGACGUCGCCUCUAUCACAGAGGAGGUCGUGGAGAGCAUCUGCUUUGGCCGCCAGUACUCGUUGGCCCACCGCCGAGCCUCGAAACCAGAGGACACCGAGACGACGGAGGGCGAUCUGACGGCCACCAGCCGACCCGCGGUCGAAGUCACCAUGGAGGUCGAUCCUAAUGAUUGGGUGUUUGACGUUGAACCAGGGGCAGUGCGUCGGAUCGUCAUGAACGUUUUUGGAAAUGCCCUCAAGUACACUGCGGUCGGCCACAUCAAUCUGAAACUAGAGAUCGAGCAGCAGCAGCAGCAGCAAGGCACCGAGCUUGCUGGUGCCGAUGCCGUAGUUCUGACGGUCUCGGACACGGGCAAAGGCAUCACAGACGAAUACCUCCGUUCGCACCUCUACACACCCUUCUCACAGGAGGACGCCCUCGCCCCGGGAACGGGGCUGGGCCUCUCGAUCGUCCGGAGUAUCGUCCAUUCGUUGAACGGCAGUAUCCGGGUCCGCAGUAAGGUCGGAGCCGGGACGGUGGUCAAGGUCAUUCUGCCUCUUACACGGCCCAGUUCGACAUUGGACUCGAGCAAUCGACCACCUUCUUCUCGGGGCAGAGAGACAGCAACAUCGCCAUCCCCCGUGGCUGAUAUACAAUUCGUGAGGGAGAACCUGGCGAAUAAGAAAAUCGCACUCGCGGCCAGCCGUAACAACAACACGGAACGCCGAAAAGACGAUUGGAAAACCGCUGUACAGACUGUCGAGGCCUACGUGAAGCAGUGGUACGGCUUGGAAGUAGUGGCGUGGUCUCCGCACCAGCCGACUGACCUGAUUGUUCUGGACGAGGCGCAAUUGCCAGACCUCCUUGCCAAGUCGCCAUCGGCACCCUUGCUUGUGCUCUGCCACGGGGCACUGGACCGUGCUCGAACCUUGGUCGACAGGUAUCAGGAUAUCCUGGAGCAUCGGGUGGAAUUGAUGGUGUUGCCGUGCGGUCCGUACAAGUUGGCCAAGAUGAUUCGGAGUCUCAUGUCCGGCAAGGGACCAUCACCAGGCCAUCAGAAUGGAUAUGUCCACCGCGCCAAGGAUGUCACUCCCCUUGACCACGACGACGAUGAUAAAACCGGGAGUCCAGGAGGAGGAGGAGGAGGAGGAGGAGGAGGAGGAGGAGGGUCAGGAAACCACCUCCCCGAGAAACCUGUGGGCAAUACCAAGGACAUCCUCAACAUGGUGGGUCGGCGAGUGGAAUCCUCUCCCCGAUCCGCCUCGGUCCAGUACUCCCCGCCGAAGAAGGAAGAGAGUACAUCCAGUGGAGACAGCAACGGGACCAGCGUUUCCUCUGUCUUUUCGUCAUCAGCAGCAACAGCAGGACUCGCGCCCAGCACCACUACCACUACCGCCACCACCACCAACAACGCCUCGUCACAGACUUCUCGCUCGACAAGCCCAGAUGCAGACCCAACAACCAUCAUCCACCUACCGGAUCGCAGAAAGCGGGUCUCCAUCUCCAGAAAUGCACCCGACGCCCUCCGCAUCCUCCUUGUGGACGACAACCCCAUCAACCUGAAACUCCUCUCGACGUUCCUCGAGAAACGAGCCCCGGCCGUUCUCCACACGGCGCAGAACGGCAAAGAGGCCGUCCACGCCGUGGAACAGAUGCAGGCGCGGGGAGGGUACCACUUUAUCUUCAUGGACAUCACCAUGCCAAUCAUGAACGGCCUCGAAGCCUCCCGCGCCAUCCGCGCCCUGGAAAACGACCACCACGCCAAGGAGAAGAAAGAGAAGAAGAAGAAUCCAAUACGUCGUCCCGUCAUCGUCGCCCUGACGGGGCUCGGCUCCGAGCGGGACCUGGAGGCCGCGCACGACGCGGGCAUCACCCUCUUCCUGACGAAGCCUGUUUCAUUUAAGACGAUCAAUAAUCUGAUCGAUGAUUUGGGGGGAGAGUAUCACUUGACGGAAAGAAACAAGACAUGAUUCAAAAAAGAAGAAGAAAGAAAGAAAGAAAGAAAGAAAGAAAGAAAGAAAACAACAGAAACAGUAACUUUGCAACGCGACUCAAGAGGAAAACGAUUAACUUGACGUUUUUGAUAUAUAGAGCGAUUUUCCUGCGGGAUCCGAUCCUACCCGUCAUAACAUGUACUAUAAGGAUAUGAUUGAUAGUUAUACCCCCUCUAUUUAAAAAAAAAGCCACUGUACAAUAGGAUAGUAAUACAUGAACUAUACAUUGUUAAGCUCCAUCCAUAUUUCUAAUACAUCAAGUAGGAUGUAUCACUC